AAUUUCAGCCUCCCAGACGCAGCUCCAGCACUCGCCAGCAACAAGGCAGAGGUAGGAAGGGGUUGCUUCAGCACCCCCGGAGUUGCUUCUGGGACUGGACCCCUUUCAUUAGCAGAGGCGAGGAAAACUUUUGCUUAUGAGAUUCACUCCUAGAGUCCUUAUGGGAGUGGAAAGCUGGGAUUAAUCAGUACUCUGGUCUUGCGAAUCCUAGAGCCACUGAGGCGGAAAGGGGAGUGGGGGGAGGGGCUGGAAACCCAGCUAUAAGCUCUGAGAUUCAGCACAAGGGAAGUACAGGAAUAAGAGAAAGGGUAAAACAACCCUCUCCAGGAAGGAGCGAAGGCGCCGAAGAAGGGAAGAAGGAAAGAGAAGUACACAGAGUGGGCAUUGCAAUAUCCAGUCGAAACAUUCUCAGGUUCUGAAAUGACAGAAAAAUCAGAAGAAAGAGGUAUUUCCCUCGACAGCUAUCUGGACCUAACAAGUGUCGCUGCCUGCGGACAAGUAAAACUGUUGCAGGAGCUCCUGGCAGCCGGAGCGGAUCCCAACGGAAUCAAUCGCUUUGGGAGGCGGCCCAUUCAGGUCAUGAUGAUGGGCAAUGUUAGAGUGGCAGAGCUCCUACUGAAGCAUGGAGCAGAUCCCAACAUCCCUGACCCAACCACCCUCACCCUACCGGUCCAUGACGCUGCCCGAGAAGGUUUCCUGGACACUCUGAUCUUGCUUCAUCGUGCAGGAGCCCGUUUGGACAUUGGAGACUCUCUGGGCCGUCUCCCAUUGCACUUAGCUCAGCAGCAAGGACACCACCAAGUUACCUUAUACCUUCAAGCAGUGACAGGAGAUUGA